AUGGAUGCUUUAUUAAGAGCUCGGCCAGUGUUUGAUUGGAUUCUUAGAGAGCAUGCUAAUUCUAUUACAAACAAUGAGGUUGCUGCUUUAAUGGAGGACGAAUCUUUUUUUUCCAUAUGUCGAUCAGUUCGUUCUAUAUGGAAGCCAAUAAAAGAAUGUAUAAAUCUUUUAGAGGCAAACGAAGCUACUUUAUCUGAUUGCUUCAUCCAUCUUAUUAAAUUGGCUAAUGCAAUACAUCGAUUACCAAUUACCAAUGUCUUUAAAUCUUUUUCUAUUAAUAUUUUUAAUUAUCGAUUUGAAGAAUUUUUACAUCCCCUUUAUAUUUUGGCUUAUUAUCUUCAUCCAUAUUAUCGAGGUAAAGGUUUAAAAGAUGAAGCUUUUCAUAAAGCCGCCUUAGCUGCAAUUGAAAUGUGGCAAAGUCUUGGUCAUACUCGCAAGGAAAGUGAAGAAUUAAUUGCUCAACUUCGUAGGUUUGAAUUAAAGCUUGCUCCUUUUGAUCUUCCUUAUAUUUCUGGACUUGAAUCUCCAAACGUAUUGUGGAAAUUAAUUAAAAUACAGCCACGACAUUUGCCUGAACUUGCCUGUCAAAUUUUUUCUAUUAACCCAACUCAAGCAAAUUGUGAAAGAAAUUUCUCAACUCUUAAUUGGAUUUUGGGUGAUAGACGAACUAACUUGACUUUAAAAAAACUUGAAGCUAUAGCAAAAAUUCGGUCUUACUAUAUGAAUAAUAUCCAAAAGGAAUUAAGUUAUAUGAGUAAUGAUCUUACUGAAAGUGAAUUAAGAGAAAGUACUAAUAUUGCUUCAGUUAAUAGCAUUAUUAGUUUAGAGGAGGAUGAUGAUACUGUAAAUAUUGAUGGAUAUAAUAAUUUAAAUCAUACUUCACCAUCGGAAAAUUUUUCAAAUACUGAAUUGGCUAUUAGUAAUAUCGUUGAUUUGACAGCUGUUGAUGAUACUAAUGGAGAGAUGAGUUCUGAUAUUACUCCAGUACAAGAACAACCUUUAGAUCCAGCUGAUUUGGAUUAUGAUCCUAAUGAUGUAUUAAAUGGAUUUAUAGGAUGUGAAAGAGAUACUGAAAGGAAUCUUACAGAUUCUGGAAAAUCGUAA